AUGGAGAAUCCAAAGCAGGCUGAGCAAAUUGUGCGUGACAUGGGUAACUUACCAUUCACGAUGUCAGGGAUGCCAAGACCCAUCCGGGCACGUGCUGCUGAUCCGGAGAUGUUUGAUGAUCGUCCAAGGAAACCUGGGAAAAGGAUUACUUUCCGGUGGUUGGACCAGCAGGUCCCUGAUUUCCAGGUUGCGAAGAAGCUCAAGGAUCUGACAAGGAAAAAUGCUGCGGAAGCGUCAUUCAUUCUGGAGCGGCAAGUGGGUGAAGAAGAGAAGCUUGCAAACCAACAGUGGAAAACUCUGAAGGCGAAUUACAAGAAAUAUGAGCUGAUAGAUGGGGUGCUGGGCGAUGGGACUGCUUUGCGAUUAAUCAGAUCAGAUCAGACCAGUCUAGACCGAGCCGCCCGAGUCUCCGCCCUCCCUAUCUGCAUUCCCAAGGGCUGGUAUCAAACUGCUAAGCUCUGCUCUGGGGACAAGGGCUUGUCAAGAAAAGGAAUUUGA